AUGGCAACGACAAGGACAAUCGGCAAGCUGAGAGAGACGGUCGCGCUCAAGGCCGAUGAUGCUCACCAUGAGGAGGUCAAUGCCUGGUGUAACCGCGACUUGAUCCCGUUGCCGCCCUCGCGCCGCACAUGGGGCUGGUUCAACUUUUUUGGUUGUUGGUCGGUAUCAUCGCUCACGGUUGCGACAUGGCAGACCCCGAAUACGUUCCUGACGCAGGGUCUUUCGGUGGGCCAGGCCAUGGCCAUUGUUAUCAUCUCGAGAGCUAUUUGCACCAUUUUUGCCGUGGCAGUUGCGUGGUGUGGUUUGACUUGGCACAUUGGCUUUACUGUGCAGAACCGUUUCACUUGGGGCAUGAGGGGUAGUUAUAUCCCCCUGUUGCAGCGCAUCCUGCUCAAUUUCAUCUGGACUGCGAUUCAAUGCUGGAAUGGCGGCAAACUUGCCAGCGUGUGCAUCACUGCAAUUUGGCCCUCCUUUGCCAACAUUCCAAACACACUGAGCGCUAAUACGCCUACCACGACGUAUGAGCUGAACGGGUUCAUGGUAUUCUGGUGCAUAUCCGUGCCGUUCUUAUUCAUCCGUCCCGAAAAGUUCAAGAAGCCCUUCUUCGUCUCAUCCGUCGCCUGCGGCCUGGCCAUGGUAGCCUUGAUGAUCUGGUCACUGUCCGUGGCCAAGGGCGUGGGACCCAUGUUCUACCAGGGCCAGACGGUUUCUUCGUCGUCCAAGUGGAGCGUGUCAUGGCUGAUGCUGUCGGGAAUUAACCAGGCUAUUGGCGGCAAGGCUGCAGGUAUGACCAACAGCAGUGACUUUUCGCGAUACGCCACGAGGAAGCGUGAUUACAUCUACGGCACUCUGAGCGUGUACUGGCUCGUCGGUGUUUUGGUGUCGCUAGGAGGUCUGAUCACUACGGCUGCUGCGCAAAAGAUCUACGGUGAUGUGUACUGGAAUCCGCCGGACCUCCUCAUGGUCAUGAUGGAUCAUGGAAAAGGAUCCUCUGCGGCGCGAGCUGGCGUCUUUUUUGCGUCACUCGCCUUUGCAUUUGCCUCCAUGUUCGAAAACGUCUGCUCCAACUCUGUCGCCGGCGGUAUUGAUCUUUCAGGACUGUUUCCGAAGUAUAUCGACAUUCGCCGCGGCUCCCUCAUCACAUUCUUCGCCGCCUGGAUCAUCCAGCCUUGGCAGCUCGUCAACCGCGCCGCGACGUUUGUCUCGGUGUUGAACUCGUUCUCCGUCUUCUUGGCACCCAUCAUGGGUGUCAUGGUGUGCGACUACUUUCUCCUGCGCAAGCAAAAGAUUCGCUUCUCGAGCUUGUUUUACCCCGAAAAGUCGCAGUACUGGUUCUGGCACGGUGUUAACCUGCGCGUCAUUCCCUGUUGGAUCGCGGGCUGGGCUCCUACACUGGGAGGAUUGAUUGCUACUGCGGGUGGCGUUUCAUCGCCUAGAGGAGUGUACGAGCUGUACUACAUGGCAUUUUUCAUCGGAUUUUUCAUCAGUUUCGUGUCAUUCUAUGUCAUCAAUCUGAUAUUCCCGCUGAACCAUCUCGGCGAAUUUGACGAGGUGGACCACUGGGGCACCUUUACGGUCAGGGAAGCGGAAAAGUUGGGUAUUGUCCCAGAGGGUCAAGAGAUUGAGGGUUCGUAUGGCGACUGGAAGGAUGCGGUCGGUACCGAAGUCACAGAAACGCCAGGGUACAAGAGAUCCAAGUAA